AUGUUGCGCCAUAUUUCUCUUCGAAAAGGCUUGACGACAUGCGCCGUGGUGGGUAUGGCAGGAAGGGUGUGCCAUUGGGCACACCCACAACCACUGGUACGCCACCACAGUACAGCUGCAGCGGCAAGGCAGCCACAGAAGCAGAAGAUCCAUGCGCUCAGCGAAAACAAAUCCGAUGCCUCCGCUUACGUGGACGCCGAUGAUUUUGCUGAUUUCUCCUCUUUGCGACACAUGGGAUACAUGUUGCUUCAUGCACGUCGUAUGUGGGUUCCAAUGAUGAUGGCCGCGGCGUACUAUGCCUCUGCCCCACUUUUUACUGCAUCCUCCAUUACAAAAGGCGUUUACUGGAGUUUAUGUGUGAUCCUGCAGCGCCUCAGCAUCCGGGGAAGGAUGAAUACGGUUUACAAGGAUCUCAAUGGUUUUACAUGCGUCGUCACAGGCGGCACCAGCGGGAUUGGCCUUUACACUGCGAUGCAGUUAAUUGACAUGGGUGCCCACGUUGUGAUUGCGUCACGACCGGGACGUGAAGAAGCAACGCGAGAGUUUAUGAAGGCAAAUUGCCAGUGCAGCAAAGGCUCCAAUGAAGAUGUUAUUCAGGAACGACUGACAUUCGUCUCGUUGGACCUGUCGGAUCAGCUUGACGUCAUGGCGUGUGCCGCUCGCAUUAAGGGGCGAUUUAAUGAUCGGAUUGAUUUGUUAGUGAACUGCGCCGGUGUCUGGCGGGAGGAGCCUACGGUGACAAAACAGGGUUUUGAGGAACACAUUGGCGUCAAUUUUCUCGGGCCGUUCCACCUGACAGAAGCUCUCUUGCCAUCCCUGCGACGGUCGAGAAAGGGCGGCCGCGUCGUAUACGUGACGUGUUUGUCGCACAAUGGGGUACACAAGGCAAAUGUUGUGAGGGAGCGUAUGUUGCUCAAACCAUCGCCGGAUGAGGCUCAGGUCACGGCACGCUGUUACAGUGCCUCCAAACUAGGCAACUUGUAUCACGCGCAGUACAUCGCCACACGUCGCUACGAGGGUAUACCGCUCAAUCAACCCACGGAGUUGCGUCCGGUGGAUGUGUGCGUAGCAGAUCCUGAAUUCUGCGCAACAAAUCUCACCUGUCGCGAUGCACCACCGCUGCUCGGAACGAACUUCCUUGCUCGGACACUGCGUUCCUUGUGGAUACGGGAUGCUUACGAGGGAAGCCAGACGGUAGUGAAUUGUUGUGUGCGUGAUGAUAUUGAAAAUGGUGGCUACUACGCAGAGUGCAUGCUCAUGCCAGGUGGAAUUAGCCGCCGGGCCCACGACCCAAAGAGCCGAAAAGAUGUAAUGCAGUGGGCCAUGGCGAAUACGAUUGCAAAAUAUUACACAAUGAGGCCAUCUGCAUCAGACAGACACACGGCUGCGACCGCAGCAUCUGGUGCUGGUAGUGGUGCCGCUUCAAAUAGGGAGGGUACAAAUACACACAAUAACUAG